AUGGUGUGUUGGGUCACUCAUUGUGAAACAGAGGGCGUAAUAGCACCAAAUCUAAGAACAUCAAGAGGAAUUGACAAUCUAGAAAGAGUUUUCUUAACCAACAAUUUCAGGUCUAUUCAAUUACUUCAAAGAACUCUUUCUUUACUUCGAUCUUUGCAUACCCAAUUGACCCUUUUGGUUCAAAAACUUCAUCUUCCAGUUGGUGACAAAUGGCUUGAUGAAUACAUGGAUGAAAGCUCCAAGCUUUGGGAAGCUUGUCAUGUUCUUAAGUCUGGCAUUUCAGGCAUAGAAAACUAUUACUCUGCUUCUUCUAACAUCAAUUCGACUCUUGAUUCUCAUAUUCACAUCACCCCUCAAAUAUCUCGCCAGGUUGUAAGAGCGAUAUCAGUUUGUAGAAGAGAAGUGGUUGGGUUGGAAGAAGAGAAUCGUGCUUUGACGGAAACAAGGAUUCAACCACUUUCAUUGCGUUUUGACGAGAGAGUUUCAAUUGAAUCGAAGCUGAAUGGUUUCAGAGGAGUGUUAUACGCAAUGAGAAAUGUGAGUUCGUUGUUAUUAAUGAUUCUGAGAGGGACUUUUGGUGUUCUUAGGCCUGGUGCUGAUAAUCUUGUGGCAAAAAUAUUCAUGGCUAUAUUAUAA